AUGAAAUCUAAUAAUAAUUCACCCAUCAAAAUUAACGGAAAUAAUAAUAAUUCAAAUAAUGACACCUUGAAUAACUGUAAUAAUGACGAUAAUAAUAAUAGAAACACUAACAUUGACACUAAUGCUAACACUAACAUUAAUAAAUCCAAUAGAAGAAACUCGAGAAUAGAAAAAUCUAAAGUGGUAGAUAAUGACAAUAAUCAAGAGAAGUCAAUUAAAAAUGAAGAAAGAGAAAAAGAGAACAGCAGUAACAGUAGUAGCAAAGUUUCAAAUAUCACUGCUGCUAGUGGUAAUAUUAAUACUAACGCUAAUAAUAGGAAUUAUGAAGAUGUCAAUAACGUUAUUGAAAAUAGUACCAAUAAUAAUAACGCUAACACUAAUCAAGCCACAUCAACAAUAUCAUCAGCAAAAUUAAAAUCAACAUCAACAAAGUCAAAACAAGGAUCUUCAAAUCCUUUUUUACUAACAAGUAAAACUUUAACAGAUAAUCAUAAUCAUAAUAAUAAUAAUCAACAACAUCAUCAUCAACUUCAUAAUCAUUAUAAUAACAAUAAUCUUCCCCCUCUUCUUCUACAUCAUUCGCUUAAUCAUCAUCAUAAAUCAAGAAUGAUGUCAUCACCAGCUGGAUCUUCUUCUGGUAUAACAUUAGUUGCAUCUUCAUUAACAACAAUACCUUUAGAUGUUCAUCAUCUUCAACAUCAUAAUAAUGAGGGGGAAGAAAUGUUAGAAUCACAAGCUUUCCCACAUAAAUCAAAAUAUUUUUCAACAUCGCCAAAUAAUAAUGGAAAUAAUAUAUCACGUACUCAACAAAAAUUAAUGUUACAACGACAACAUUUUCUAUCUGAUUAUGGUGAUGACGACGAUGACAUUUAUUACAACAGUAACUAUAACAGUAAUAAUGAUUAUAGUCGUAAUAGCAAUUAUUAUUUCAUUAAUCCAAAAAAUCAACUGAGAUUAACAAAAACCAUCGAAAGAAUUAAUAGAGAAUAUUGUGCAAUAACAUUGCAUCAAGAUCCGAUGAUCGAAAGUUUACACAGAGUUUUUGGAAGAUGCAUCCAAGAACAUCCGGAAAUUUUAGAUGAGGAUUUUAGUGGUGGUGGUUAUAACAGCAACAACAAUAAAAGAAGUGGGUUUAGUAGUAGUGGAGGUAAUGGAAAAGACAGAGUGUUUUGA